UGACAAUCACCUGACUGGAAGUAGCUGUGGGUGUUCUAUAUAAGCCAAAGGAAAGAGUGACACCUAACCAUCUCCCAUUGAAAGUUUCAAGACACACAAACAGCAUGAGGUUGUUGAUCAUUGCAGCUGCCUCUCUGGCAGUGGUGAGCUGUGCCAGCCUCUCUCUGGAGGACCUGGAGUUCCACGCAUGGAAACUCAAGUUUGGUCGCUCCUAUGGCUCCCCUGUGGAGGAGGCCCAGCGCAAACUCACUUGGAUGGAGAACCGCAAGCUGGUGCUGGUGCACAACAUGCUGGCUGACCAGGGCAUCAAGAGCUACCGCCUGGGCAUGACCUACUUCGCUGACAUGGACAACCAGGAGUACCGAGACCUUGUGUUCCACGGAUGCCUGAAGAAAGCCAACGUCAGCAGUGGCAGCACCUUCCUGGGCCUGAGCAGGCUGGGGGACCUCCCCACGGAGGUGGACUGGAGGGACAAGGGCUUCGUGACAGACGUCAAGGACCAGAAGAUGUGUGGCUCCUGCUGGGCUUUCAGCACAACUGGAUCUCUGGAGGGCCAGAAUUUUAAGAAGAUGGGUAAACUGGUCUCUCUGAGCGAACAGCAGCUGGUUGAUUGCUCCGGCAAUUUUGGCAACAUGGGCUGCAUGGGUGGCCUGAUGGACCAGGCCUUCCAGUACAUCAAGGCAAAUGGAGGAAUCGACACUGAGGACUCCUAUCCCUAUGAGGCUCAGGACGGGAAAUGCCGCUUCAAGCCCAACAGCAUCGGUGCCACAUGCACUGGCUACAUGGACGUGACCAGCGGUGACGAGAACGCUCUGCAGGAGGCCGUGGCUACUGUGGGACCCGUGUCUGUGGCCAUCGACGCCGCACACUCCACCUUCCAGCUUUAUGAAUCAGGGGUCUAUGAUGAGCCUGAGUGCAGUAGUGAGGAACUUGACCAUGGUGUACUGGCUGUGGGCUACGGCUCAGAGGACGGAAAGGACUACUGGCUGGUAAAGAACAGCUGGGGUCUGGACUGGGGUGAUAAGGGCUACAUCAAGAUGACCAGGAACAAGAACAACCAGUGCGGCAUCGCCACAGCCUCCAGCUACCCCCUGGUGUAAAGCUGAGGGUUGGGCGCUGCUGGGGCAGGGGCAGGGGCCUUCUUAUUGCAAUCCACUGAACCAGGAUACAGGGCCACAGAACAAAACCAAACAAAGUUUUAGCCACUCGUGUCAAUUAUGGUGCCCAGUGAUGCUUAAGUUGUGCACCAUGUAGCCUAGACACAUACACAUUCCUAAUAUCCGUAAUUAGUUAUUUCUGGGGGAAAGUAUGCACAGGUGCAGUCUGCAUCAUUUAUGAAUGCUCCAUGAAUAAUAAUACAUGACAUGAACAUGAAACAUGAGUUUACCUUGUGAUUUGAUACCUCGUUUGAGACUAGGAAGCUAUUUUGCGGCUGUGUGUGGAUGGGACAAUCAUGUCUGUAACUGUAACACUACAUAUGGAUUUAUCUGUGCUUUUAAUUGUUUCAUAACAUUCUGUAAUCUCAUAGCAAUGCCACCUCUGACAGACAGACAACCAAAUAAACAAACUACCAACCAUU